AUGGAACCCCUGUUUCAGGCUAGUUCCAUUCUCAUGAAAGUCAAUACUUUACAAGGGCAGAAGAUGGUGGAGAGUGGCCUUCAGUCUGGAGACUUUUCCCUCUCCCAGUCGUGGCCCUCCUGCCUUCUACCCCCGGCUGACUUGGAGAACCUCCAGCAGAAAGUGGUCUUGGUGCAGCGGGAGCUGGAGGACUUUAAGAAGGAGGUGUUGAAGGCCAUCGGUUAUCUUGAAGAUGCCUUCUGCGAGAUGAAUAGCAUCCUAACGCAGCAAGAGGAGCAGGCGGCCCGCGUGAAGCAGAGGCUGAGGGAAGAGGAGGACCGAGGCAUCGUGCGCAACAAGGUCCUCACUUUUCUGCUGCCAAGGGAGAAACAGCUUCGGGAGCACUGCCAGCGGCUGGAGCACAUGCUUCUGGGCAAAGGUCGAGACAUGCCGGCUACCACCAGGAAUAACCAGGCAGAUUGA